GUGCGGUCGGGGCUGGUGGGGGGGGGGGCGGUGGCCCAGGUGGCCCUAGGGCCCCCCCACCAUGGAAAACCAGCUUUGGUACGACAACAUGGGGUGCUGCAAUCAAUACCAGGGACACCUCCAGGAUCCAGAAGACGUACUGCUUCUGCUGCUGGGCCUCGUAGUUCUCGUCAACAUUGGGAUCAACGUGGUAACUGUGAUGUGGCAUGCGCUCCAGAAUGCCUUGGACAAGAUGCUCUGUUGGAUUAAUCAGAAAAGUGAAACCUUGCAGGCUCAUGAAUGUGCCACCAAAGAGCCCCCCGCCAAGGCCCGAGACGUCCACAUCCACUGCACCCUGGAGCCCGUGGAAGUGAAGCUGGCCCGGCCCACUUGCUACCCCUCUUCCUCCUACCGCCGGCUGGGCAACCCCCGCCGCCCCGGCCGCCGCCGCCGCCGCCGCCACCCCCGCCGGCGCCACGGCCACCAGUGGGGGCUGAAGAACCAGGGGUGCUUCCCCCACAACCGCUCAGCCUUCCCUAGCCACCGUCGCAGCCGCAAGAUGUCGCAGCUGCAGGCGGUGUCCUCCUUUGACGAGGAGGACCUGGACUCCGACGUGGAGCAGGGGGAGGACCUGGCCUUCCCGCUCCCCAAGUACCCACGGGGCGGCUGGGGCAGGCUUUACCCGCAGACGGGCCUGCCCUCCAGCUUGGGGCUGUGGGGCCGCCAGGGUGGGAUCCUGGCCAGCCUGCCGCCACCCUCUCUCUACCUGUCCCCCGAGCUGCGCCGCAUGCCCAAGCGUGUGGAGGCCAAGUCGGAGCUGAGGCUGCAGUCCUACGGGCCCCACUGCUCCCAGUCCCGAAUCUGGGGCACUAUGGAGGCAGAGCAGGGGGCCUCGUCUCUGCCCGCUCUCCGCCGGCUGCCCCCGAAUCCCUCCUGGGUCCCCGCGGGGUAUGACCCUUACCCGUCGAGUGGCCAGCUUCUCCAGGACUCCUGGGAUCAGCGGCGGGGCCUGGAGGGCUCUGAGCCUCCGCUCGCGCUGGUGCCCCGGGGCUCCCCCCAGGCGCACCGGCGGAGCCUCCCUGGCCACGGCCACGCUUACGGCCAGCCCACCCGCAGCCCGCACCCAUCCACGGGCCACCUGAGCCACAACUCCCGGGAACCCCACGAGGUCCGGCGCCGGGCCGCCGAAUGGGCUGAGGCCCUGCCCACCCGGCACCCUCUGAUGGCCUCCACCUCCCUCACCAUGCUGGGCGGGACCUCCUACCAGCGGGCCCCGGCCCCCAGCUCGGCCCUGCUCCCCCAUUCCAACCAGCCCCUGCCCGAAGUCCAGGCUCCCGAGGUCCCCCAACCCCAGCCCACCUUCCUGCCGCUCAGCAGGAACCCGGGGGGCACUACGGGCUACCAGGUCUAUGACAGCCUGGAGCUGAAGCGGCAGGUGCAGGAGAGCCGAGCGCGGGCCAACUCACUGCCCCCGCCAUCCACCUCCGCCUCGAGGCCCUCCGUGCACAGGAGCCGGACCGGGAAGGUGCACUGACCCGUGGCGACUGUGGGUGGCGGGCAGGGCACGGAGACAGGAAUAAAGAGCAACGGAGUC